GGCCGCGUCCGGGCCGCUCGCUGUUCCCUCAGCGGCCGCCGCUCGGUUCCUCGCUCCCGGCCCGUGGGGCCUGCGCGGCCUGGGGGGCAGCAGCGGGGCGGCGCGGGGCUCCCCGGGGCUCCUCUCUCCGCUCUCGGCCGCCGCAGCGCUGAGCCCGGCGGGGCCCCGGCCGCGGCCCCCGGCAGCGGGGCGGCCCCCGCCCCGAGGCAGGACGAUGCCGGUGAAGAAGAAGAGGAAAGCCGCGGCGGGGGCGGCGGCGGCGGCGGCGGCGCAGGAGGAGGCCGGCCUCAAGAAGUGUAAACUCGGCAGCUAUUGCAGAUCACAAGCCUCUGGUAAAGUAAUAAGUGGAGAGGAACACUUUUCAAGCAAGAAGUGCCUAGCUUGGUUUUAUGAAUAUGCAGGUCCUGAUGAAGUUGUGGGGCCUGAAGGAAUGGAAAAGUUCUGUGAAGACAUCGGUGUUGAGCCUGAAAAUAUUAUUAUGUUAGUUUUAGCCUGGAAGCUAGAGGCUGAAAGCAUGGGGUUCUUUACCAAGGAAGAAUGGUUAAAGGGGAUGACUUCAUUACAGUGUGACUGUACAGAAAAGUUACAGAGUAAAUUUGAUUUCUUGCGGUCACAGUUGAAUGACAUUUCAUCGUUUAAGAAUAUCUACAGAUAUGCCUUUGAUUUUGCAAGGGAUAAAGACCAGCGAAGUCUUGAUAUCGAUACUGCAAAAUCCAUGUUAGCUCUUUUGCUUGGAAGAACUUGGCCACUGUUUUCAGUAUUUUAUCAAUACCUGGAGCAAUCGAAGUAUAGAGUUAUGAACAAGGAUCAGUGGUACAACGUGCUAGAGUUCAGCAGAACUGUCCAUGCAGAUCUUAGCAACUAUGAUGAAGAUGGUGCAUGGCCUGUACUUCUGGAUGAAUUUGUUGAAUGGCAGAAAGUUCGUCAAGCAUCAUAGCAAGAAUUUAAAAGAAAAUGCAAGUUUUUUGGUGCCCGCCUGUACACAAACUAAUGAGAAAAACAAAGGAUUGCAUUUUCAUUCUUAUGAAAGACUUUACAGUAAUUUUUUUCCUUUUUUAAGGAAGUUUUCUUGUUACAUGUGAUAUGGGCAUUGAACCACACCUCUUCUGAGACUGAAAGUUGGAGUUCUUGUUUUGAGUCUUAUGUUUAUAGCAUUUAUUUCAGAACAAUAAAGAUUCAGAUUUGUGACAAAGGCCUAAAAGUGAAGAAUGUCCCUUGAAUGUGAGUGUGGUGUCUAUUUUUAAAACCAAAUCUUUAAGAUUAUCUUUCUCAGAAGUGCCCUUUGCUAUGAAUUGCUGAGACCUUACAAAUGCUUAACUGGCACUGUUGCUUGCUGAUUGGUAUGAUUGUCUUGUGCAACAAAUGUUAGAAAGAAUGACUAAUUAUUUGAGCCCUGGGUGGGGGUGUGCUGUAUAUUAAGUAUUGGUCAUGGGUUGUACCACAACUUUCAGCUCCUUGUGGAGAUAAAGGCCUUAAACUCUUGUUUUGUUCAGUACCCACCCAGUGGCACGGCGUUUAAUGGCAGACAGUUUUUAAGCAGAAAGGUGUAGAACGUAUGGCUCUACAAGCAGAACAGCUGAAAACAAGUUGCCUGUACUUCAAAUGACAAAGAGAUACUCUGUGGUGAAGAAAAGCAGCUUCAAAUUUUUUACUGCAGUUUAGACUUCGGAUUGCUUUGUAUAAGAAGUGCAAUUUAUAUUUUAAAAGGGAAAUCUGGAAAGACUUGGUUUCAAGCUUUGUUUCUUAUGUGUUUUAAAUCGGAAGCAUUCACAGCAUGACUUUUUUUUUAUCUCCCUGGAAGUUUUUCCAUGAUGUAAGACGAUUAAAUCAUCCAGUUUUGACCUGUAUAUAACAGGCUAAUAACUUUUACCCUAUUAUUCAUGUAUUGAGUCCAAUAACUAUUGUGACUGCCCCUUUUAGGCACUCAGUAUUUGUGGCAACCUUUAAAUACAGUAGAAGUUUGUCACUUUACCUUUCUGCCCAGGAAGCCGAAUGCCAUCCUUGAGAAGGAAAGGGAUUUUAAUAUUUAAAUGUGAGAAACCAAAAUAGAAGGAGAGAAUGAAUCAUUUGUAACUUCUACUUUACUGUAAUAUUAUUUAGACUGUGAUAAUGCCAUGAGACUCCAGUCAGUGAUCAAGGCCUCAUUGUGCCAAAUACUUUAGCAGCUUGAAAUAAGAAUAGACAAUGUAAGAUAGGCAUGACUUGAAGAUCUUUGCCUCAGGGAAAUGACUUCUGUUUUGCACAUCCCUUAUUCAGACUAACAAGCAUGAGUUUUCCUAUCACUAAGGAAAGCUUUAUUCCCAAGAUGAUGGAUUUUUUUGUUACAGUGGGACUUGGGGGGGGGAAGGGUAAUGAUAAGGGAAGAAAUAGCGGAAGUGGGAGAAAGUAAUUGUGUGCCCAUGCUCUCAUUCUACUAGGGGAUCACCUUUGCUACUUACUCUUCAAAGCUGCUUGCUCUCAGGGCUGCAGGUGGUAGUGCUGGUCAGUGGCAUUCCCUGAGCCAUUCUGCAAGUCACCUGAUGGCGCAGUUGAACCUUAGAAGUUUUUGGUUCUGCCCAAUCCAAAAACUUUGGGAAGUUGAAGGGGGAGGGAAGGGAGGGAGGAACAAUUGAGAUGCUGGCACAUCACUGCUUGUGCAGUGGCUAGUGUCUGUGUGCAUGCAGACACAUGCACUAUAGCCGUUCUAAAUAUCUUUCCACCUUUUUUAAGGAAAGUACUUAAUUUUAAACCUCAUGUAGACUACAACAGUUCUCUUAAGUAUGUUACAAGUUGUCCAUUUGCAUUGCUGAUAAUUCUGAUUUCACCCAUAACAGAGUGCCUUUCAUUUGGAAAUUGCCCUAAUCUACAGAAACUCAGUGCCAGAAUGAGAGUAACUUCAAGAAUCCCAAGAUCAACUGAUAGGGUAAAGUCCUAAGAUGCACAGGAUAAAGAUACACCAAUUGACUUAUUUCUAGGGAAGUCCUGCUCUACAUUAAAUCUCUGCAAGGACACUGAUUCUGAAAUGACUUUCUAAAACUCACUUCAAUGGCUUUCCUUGCUUAGUAUGUUCCUGUCAUAACUGGGAGAUUCUCUUUCCCAGUGUUGAAAUAAAAGUUAGAAAUUGAAUAUUUUAUAGUGGGGGGGAGGGAGGGGAAUAAUCCUUUUUUUAUUAGGUAAUUGCAAACUGUUGUGAAUUCAAUUUAAACCAGUUGGUUCUAGAGGAUGGUAUUAGUGUCUAACAGUAGGAGUGAUGCAUCUACCAAUCCAGCAUAGUCAAGUACUUACCAUUAAGGUGUAAGACGCUAUGUGAUGUAUCAUUUGUAUCUCUGUUAAGGUUUUAUCAGUAUUCCUAUAAUAAAUCCAUGUUUCAGGGAUUUAUAACUUGGUUGUUUGUGUGAUUGAAAAUCAUCAGUUACUGUAAAACUUUGACUGGGAAUGAAUGUAUUUAAAUUACUUAAAAUCAAUAUAGUUUUUCAAAUUUGAAUAAAAUAGGAUUUUAAGUUAUGUUCUUGUGCUCUAAACUGCAAUCAGAUUUAUUGUUUAAAUGUGAACUAAUGGCUUGUACAGUUUCAUUGUGAGCUGGUCACUUCUAUUAGCUAUCUUUUAUUAAAUCACCUUACAACUUAAUGUGGAUACGUGCCAAAAACUGUCAUUUUUGUUUUAUUUCAUGCACAUCCACAUGCCAAAACUGGCUUCAGUUAAAUGCUUUCUUUAGUCUUUCAAUUUUAAUUUUGCUUUGCUCAGGUGCAUUUUAGUCUAUUGGAAAAAGUAACACCUUAUUUUCAAUUUCUUAUGAUGAAAGUUCACAGUUAAGAGAUGCUGCCAUAGCUAAUACAAAUAAUAAAAGCGAAGGUAAAAUGUCUUCCAGAAGUAAAUCAUAGUGGUGUCUACCUUGAUGUUAAAAACUUCACUUUAAUCUCACUUUCACUUCUUGUUACUAAUUCUCCCUAACAUACUAAAUUUUUCUAAGUUCUUAGACAACUAAUAGUUUUGUGUUUUUUUUUAAUCCGAAAACACCCACCUGUUCAUGGAAAAAGCCAUACUGGUAGAUCAGAAUGUAAUAUUUCUUCUAUGUAAAAAUGUGAUUUUGAAUUAAACAGUCAUGUAUGUUUACCUGUGUCUUUAACUGUAACUGUAGUUUUGAUCCAGUUUAUCUUUACUGUUUAAACAUCUAAUUCUUUACUAAUGGCUGUAAUUUCACAUUUCUAUAUAGCGGAAUUAGGAUUUUGCAUUUGAGAUGUAGAUACAAACUUGGUACCGAUCACAGAUCCCCCAAAAGGGGACCCUGCAGUCUAUAUUUCAGUUAAGGUUUUUCAUAUCUUUCUAAGCUUUGAGCAGAUAUAUUGAUGUUGACUGAAAAAAAAAAAAAUUGCAAAAGGGACCAUAAGACUGAUGUUGCUGAUGUUCUAAUUUUUUUUUUUAAGCUGGUGAACAGUUCUUUCAAUGCAAUGUGUACAAACUUGUACAGGUUUAGUUUUGUUAAGUAUGAUGAAUAAAAGUGUUAUGUAAUAGGGCAGAAAA